AUGAAUGUGAGAUAUGGUGAAGUAAAUGUUAUAAGGAGUACAAAGUAUAUUUUAUGUUACCCACCAUUCAUCAUUGGUUGUGUUCCUUGCCUCCUUGACCUCCCCACCCCCCCACUCUCGGUUGCCGAUCUCGUUUGGCCGCUCGUCCUUGCGUUGAAGCAUCCACCCGUCAUCAAUCAACCUACCAAGCUACUCUCCUACCCUCUCACCAACGGCCAGCAGUCGAAGGUCUGCACGGAGAACACUCGCACGCACACCCUUAAUCACCCUCAAACUCACGGUGCCUUCAAGGUUGCACCGGCUCGUUAUCGACGUCUAUUGCGACAUUCGGGCGCUGCUUCCCAACCGAGCAGGUCGCGUGCGCAACGACAUUCCACGAUUCUGAUUGCUCUCGCUCCGGCGCUCAGUGCCGAUUACACUCGUUUGAUUUCUCCAUCUCGCCCUGAGCCUGCCAUUCCGAUUUCCUAUCUUGACGCGUCUCGAAACCGUACCGGCAGUCAGCGGUGUGACAUCCGAGGGCCGGCCAGUUCCACGACAGCGAGCGCCGAUCCGACGUUCCCUUUAUGCCACGCAUUGAGGAAGCUGGGUGCCAUGACGCCGGUGUUGAAAGCUGGACUGGGCGCUUUGCUCUCCGUCUUGGUCCUCGCUCCCGCCAACGCCUUCUACAUACCUGGCUGGUCCGUUACGAGCCACAAGGAGGGUGACCAGGUGCCUCUUCUCGUCAACAAAGUCUACUCCGACAACACUCAACUGCAGUAUGCCUAUUACGACCUCCCUUUCGUCUGCCCACCGACGGGCAAGCACAAGACCAGAGGCGGCCUUCUAAGCGGGCAGAGCAUCCCAUUGAACCUCGGCGAGGUCCUGAGAGGCGACCGGAUCGUCGCCUCCGACAUCGACCUUGUCAUGGGCACCGACAAACCGUGCAAGUUCCUCUGCAACAAGGACGUUUCGCCCCGUGAUGUACGGCGAGCGAAAGAGGUGAUCCAAAACGGCUUCGUGGCCGAAUGGAUCGUCGACAACCUCCCAGGUGCGACAAGCUUCGUAACGAGCGACAAGACCCAAAAGUAUUAUGCCGCCGGCUUCAAGCUUGGCCACGUCGACGUCUCGCCAAGCACCGGCAAGUUGCGUUACUUUCUAUACAACCAUCACACCAUUGUGAUUCGCUACCGCAAGGCGGCCGGUCGAGCCGGCGACAGAGGCGAGAGGCUCAUUGUUGGAUUUGAGGUCUACCCCAAGAGCGUAGGACGUGACAACAAAAGGGACGACUCUGGCUGCCCCACGGACCUGCAAAAAAUCACGAGCGGCUUUGAGCUCUCCAUGGCACCCAACAAGACAGGGUCGAGCGACCUAGCGGGCCAAAAUAAUGACAGUCUGGACGAGGAUGGAGGAGAAGGCGACGCUUCGCUAACGAUUCCUUACACGUACUCGGUCUACUUCCGCGAGGAUGAGACCAUCGAGUGGUCGCACCGCUGGGACUUGUACUUUGUGAAUCAGGAGGAGGGCUCGCACAUUCACUGGCUGGCCAUUGUCAACUCGCUCAUCAUCUGCUUCCUGCUUACGGGCAUCGUCAUGAUCAUCAUCGCCAAAACGGUCCGCACAGACAUCAAGGGCUACAGGGAGGCAGCGGCAGAGGAGGGCAAGGCGAGGAGGAGGAAGUCACGGCUGGGCAAGGAUACGACGACGGGCCUCCUCGACCCUGGUUCGGGUAUCGAUAACGAGGGUGAUGCAGAUGACGACGAAGACGACGAGGCGCUCGAGGACGUGACGGGCUGGAAGCUCCUGCACGCCGACGUGUUCCGCAAACCCAACUGGGGCAGCCUUUUGGCACCCCUCGUCGGGUCGGGCAUGCAGCUUCUGUUCGUCGCCAUAGGACUCGUGCUUCUGAGCGCCGUGGGUGUGUUGAACCCCAGCUUCCGCGGCGGCUUCGUCAGCGUUGGUCUAGGCCUCUUCAUCUUCGCCGGCCUCUUCUCCGGUUACUUCUCGGCACGCGUGUUUAGGAGCUUCGACGGCCAGAACUACAGAGGAAACGCGCUACUCACCGCCCUUCUAUUCCCCGGUCUCAUCUUCGGCCUCGUCUUCAUCCUCAACCUCUUUGUGUGGGCCCAGGCAUCGAGCACGGCGAUCCCUUUCGGCACCUUGAUCGCCAUCCUCGUCCUCUGGCUCUGCGUGCAGGUGCCCCUCGUGCUCGCUGGUGCUUACUACGGCUACGUCAAGGUGGGCCCUUGGGAGCACCCGACGAGGACGGCGGCGAUUCAGAGGCAGAUCCCGCCGCAGGCGUGGUACCUCCAGCCCCUGCAGUCGAUGCUGCUCGCGGGCCUGGUCCCGUUCGCCGUCAUCUUCGUCGAGCUCCUGUUCGUCUUCCAGUUCGUCUGGCAGGACAGAAGCGGUUACUACUACGUGUUCGGAUUUCUGUCGGUCGUGUCGGCGAUCCUGGUGACGACCAUCGCCGAGGUCACGGUCGUGACCGUAUACAUGCAACUCUGCUCGGAAAACCACCGCUGGUGGUGGCAGUCAUUCCUGGUCGGCGGCGGCAGCGCCGUCUGGAUGUUUGGCUACUGCAUAUGGUACUACGCUUUCAAGCUGCACAUCAGCGGUUUCGUGAGCGGUCUGUUGUUCUUCACCUACAGCCUCAUGGCCUGCUGCGUAUACGGCUUGCUGACGGGCACCGUGGGUUUCCUGAGCGCCUAUGCCUUUGUGCGACAGAUAUACAGCGCCAUCAAGGUCGACUAG